CUGAAGAGUUUCAUAGUGAAUUCAGGGUUCUUCAUAACAUAACUGUUUCAGAGAGGUGAGGUUUGGCUACGCCUUGAAAUGCAAAAUGGAGGCUUCUGGCAGAGCUGUACGAAGUGGAGGGGAGACAGCGGAGGGAGGCCCUUAGGAGCGAGAGGCUGGGCUCCCAGCACUGAGGGAUUUUUCUGAGAAACUCCAAGUAAGAGAUGAUACUCCUCAUGUCCCCAGUGAGCAGCUUGGAGAAAAACAGGUUCUGCAUAUAAUUGAAAAUCUGACUUCUCUGAUAAAAGAAAUAUUUCCAGAAACUAAAGUCUAUGCUGUGAUGGGCAAUCAUGACUUCCACCCCAAGAAUCAGCUUCCAGGGAAGGAACACAGGAUCUACAACCAAACAGCUGAACUGUGGCGCUCCUGGCUGAAUGAUGCUUCCAUUCCUCUGUUCAGAGCAGGUGCUUUCUACAGUGAGAAGCUGCCCAGCCCAAAUACAAGGGGGCGAAUGAUUGUCCUCAAUACCAAUUUGUACUAUGACCAGAAUAACCAGACAGCUGGUGAGGAAGAUCCUGGUGGGCAGUUCCAAUGGCUGGAAGAAACACUGACCAAUGCCUCAAAAGCAGAAGAAAUGGUCUUCAUUGCUGGGCACGUACCUCCUGGUUUCUUUGAGAAGAAAAGAAGCAAGCCCUGGUUCCGGAGUAACUUUAAUGAACGAUACCUGAAAAUCGUGCAGAGGCAUCACAGAGUGAUUGCUGCCCAGUUUUUUGGACACCAUCACACUGACAGCUUUCGGAUGUUUUACAGUGAUACAGGUUCCCCAAUCAGUGUAAUGUUCUUAGCCCCUGGAGUGACUCCUUGGAAAACAACAUUACCUGGAGUGGCCAAUGGAGCUAACAACCCUGGGAUCCGGGUGAUUGAUUAUGAUCCAGACACCCUUCAAGUGAAGGAUAUGGUGACUUACUAUUUGAAUCUAACUCAUGCUAAUAUGCUGUCCCCAACAUGGGAGAAAGAGUAUAGACUGACAGAAGCUUUCCAAAUCCCUGAUGCCUCUCCCCAGUCCAUGCAAACAGUGCUGGAGAGGAUAUCGAAGGAUGCACAGUAUCUGCAGCAGUAUUAUGAGUUUAACUCUGUCAAAUAUGACCUUACCGUGUGUGAGGAGACCUGCCGCAUUGACCAUGUUUGCGCCAUCAGGGAAGUUGGUUUCAUACAAUACAAUGAGUGUAUUAAAGCCAGCAGCCUUGCCUCUGCCAUCACCAAUGUUUUUCUUCUACUGUUCUGCUUGCUGUUGGCAGCAAGCACUCUAAUGACUUAGAACAGAAGAGAAUAUGAAGAGAGGACAUGCUUCACAGUACAUUUGAAUCAGCGAUUUUGAAUACUUUUGGCACUGAGGACUUACUUAGAAACCAAGACAAAAUUAGUAGCUUUUAGUAAAAACUCUACAGUGUUGAUUUGAACACUUCUAGUAAAGCUAUUGGGAAAGGGUAAUGAUUGCCAUGAAGCUUUCUCAUGCCAGACUGUCCUGCAUCAGGGAGUUUCCCUUCCUUCAACUGUGUCUUCUGUCUGAGGUGGUCUUACAGUUCAGCAGAUCAGGGUCAGGCUUCCCCCUAGAUUUUAACUUGAUCUCUUAAUGUAUAAGAGCUGCAGGCUGCCUCACACUCCAAAGGAGUCUGCCUCCAGAUAAUUUCUCACGUUAGCACAUACUUUUUUUCUUAAAAGACCACACAGCUGGAGACCUGGAAGGAUUCAUUUUAGUGACCUUGUAUGGCUUUGCCUUUAUGAGAAAAGCCAGGUAAGAUUAAUUCUUCCUCUGACAGUGUAGGAACUUUUACAAGUUUGGGCCAUGAUUUUUUCAUGUCAAUACCCAAGAUGAGGCUCUGGGGCACAAAGCCUGAUUUUUCAAGUCUUGGGCACAAACAGCUCUUCUCCAAACUUAUUUUUUGCACUUUUAACUCGCAUCCAUUCAUUUUGUUCCUUUCUUGCAAUGCUGGGGCAUUGCAAGCUGACUUUGACUGCUAUGAAACACUAAACAAUUCAGUUAUUUGCCAGCCUUGGGCUUUUCUCAGCUUUCAUCUGAGCCAUGAGAGAACUGAUACAAAGUGAUAUUAUUGGACCCUUUUAGGUGCAGAGAGACCUAGAAAAAAUAUUUGUAUUGGCUGUGAGCUCCAGGCUCCCAGAGAUCUGACCGUGGGCCAAGGAGAACACAAGCUUGCAAAGCAAGUGGGAAGUCACACUCAGGACAUGGAACCUAAGCACACCAAUGUGUUAGUGCAAUCCUAGACUGCUUGCACAAUUCAUCUGUGUGCUCUCAGCAGACUGUUUUGUCAGAAAGGUAUAUACAGCUGAGAAGUGGAAAAGACUCUGGAAGUGAGAAUGAAGCCAGUCACUGUAAGCUGAAUAGCACAGGUUGGCAUGCAGAUAUGGUCUUGGCCUAGCAGAGAAGCACUAGUGCAACAGAGGUAUGUCAGAAAAGAAACAAUGAUGCGAGAGGAAUGGCUCUUGUCUGUAAUGGUAUUCAUCAGAUAGAGGAUAGAAGACUGUUGUAUGACUGUGGACAACCGAUUGCUGCUCCGCACCCCAGUUUAGGGACUUCAGGCUUCAAGAUCCAGCCUUUACAUUCAAAACAUGAAGCAGCCAGCUUGCAUCUCAGACCUGGUCUUCACAACUAAAACUCUCUUUUGGCUGGCUAUGAACAGCAGGAUACUUUCUUUUCAGAUGUUUUCUAUGCUAGCUUUCCUCGCUAGUGUUGUGUAAAGGGGUACAUACUUCCAGAAGGUUAUGUAGCCAUCUAGUAUUCUGAGCAUAAAAACCUACAGUAUGUAAGUCCUUGUUCUGUUCUGGGGAGGUGUCUUACUGGGAGUUGAUUUAUAGCAUCUGUUAAAGCUUAAUGGGUAAGGUGAAACUGAGAUGGAUGGAGUGAAAUAGCACCCAAGUGACAGCAUAUAGUGCUGUAGUGUGUGGUCUGUUGGAAGUAAAUUGAAUUCUAGACCCAUAAAUCAGCUGACUGAGAACAAAAUUUACCAGUGUAGGGCCUGGGGGGAGGUGGGCUAAGGGCGCUGGUGCUGGUGGGUGGCUGUAGUACCAAGUUUUGCAAUGCCCCUGAAAUCUUUUUGUUGUUUGCACCAGCUUUACAAAACUGACAGUUCUUGAGCCAGUAUCUCUGAAGGUUCCUUGCUUCUUCUGCUGAUCCCCUGAUUUGUUUCAAAGCAAACCCUUGAAACACACGUGGAUGUGUGUUACAGGAAAACAUUCACAUUAAAUAGAGCGUUAGAAGGUUGCAGAAUUGACUGGUUUUACUAUGUAGGUGGGGAUGGGUCUCCCUGCAGUUCUGCAGGCCAAAGCAUUGAUGGCAUGUGAAAAUGGUUUCUGCUGAGAAUUAUAUUGUAAAUGAGCCAAUAUAUGUGGAUUAAAGGGAGUGAAUGAUUACAAAGUUCACCAAAAAAAUGCUAGUCAGCAUUGAUAAUAAAUCUUUCCAGACCAUG